AUGACUGCCCCCUAUAAGACUGAAAAAUUCGCCAAAUAUGAACCAUUAAUCAAAGCCUAUCAGAAGGCUAGAGAUGAUCAAAUGGAAAAAUACGACCCUAAAUUCUAUGCAGCAUGCUUGGCUAAAUUGCCUUCUCAACAAGAAUUUGAUUCUGAACCAAUUGACGCAACUCAGUUUGUUAAGGCAGAUUUUGGCUUACUUUCAGAGAAAGAAGCUGCUAUUGUCAAUGACUACACUUUACAACAAUUGCUGGCAAAACAGUUGGAAGGUAAAUUGACAGCUAAAGAGAUUGCACAUGCCUUUAUCAAAUCAUCGAUCAUUGCACAAAUCGCCACUAACUGUGUUAUGCAAUUUAUGUUUGAUAAAGCGCUUUCCCAGGCGGCAAAAUCCGAUGAAUUUUUAAAAACCAAUAAGCAAUUGAAAGGACCCUUGCACGGUAUUCCCAUCUCCCUAAAGGAACACAUGGAAAUCAAAGGGUCGGUUACUCAUGCUUCUUACGUUUCGUUAAUCGAACACGUUUCAAAAAACACCAACGUUUCUAUUCAACUGGUGGAAAAUAUGGGGGCCACCACACAUGUCCGUACUUCUCAACCACAAGCAAUUAUGCAUCUUGACACCAUCAAUAACGUCAUUGGUCGUACUAGAAAUCCACUUUCCACCAGGCUUUCUCCAGGUGGAUCAUCCGGUGGUGAAAGUGCCAUCGUCGGCAUGCAUGGCUCCGUAUUGGGUAUCGGUUCAGAUAUCGGCGGUUCCAUUAGAUGUCCAGCUGCAUUUGCUAAUAUCUAUGGGUUGAGACCUACUACAAAGAGAUUCUCUGGUUUAUACAGUGUUUCUGGUGGUGGUGGUCAGGAAAGUGUUGUUCCUACUAUGGGACCAUUGGCAAGAUCAACGGCUGAACUGAAUGCCUUUAUGGACCACUACAUUAACGAUGGUAAACCAUGGUUGCUUGACCCAAGCAGUGUACCACUGCCAUGGAACACUUCACCACAGUUGCCCGCCAAGAUCCGCGUGGGAGUGUUGUUCACCGAUGGUAUCGUGACUCCGUUCCCUGCGGUAACUCGUACCAUGCAUGAAGUAGUAGAAAAUUUGAAACAAAAUCCUUCUGUAGAGGUGGUCGAUUUGAAAAAAUAUUGGUUAUCUGCUGAAGAUAUGAUCAAGGCCAAUGAGACCGUUUCUACUCUUUACACCUGUGAUGGUAACCGCGCACAAAAAGAACUUUUGGUGCCCAGUGGUGAACCAAUUUUACCUCUAACAGAAUUCUUCUUCGGGCACAACGAAGGUAAGCAUCUUUCCGUGUACGAGAAUCAUGAGUUGAAUAAGAUUAGAGACGCCACUAAACUCAAGGUUUUCCAAAAUGUUUUCCCUCACUGUGAUUUCAUCUUAUCACCAGCCUAUGCAGGUCCACCAGAGAUUCCAGAACUUUCAAAAUACUGGGGAUACACUGCAUUCUGGAAUCUGGUAGAUUAUCCUAACUUAGUUUUCCCAACGCCAUUCCAACACGAUCCUGCUAAGGAUACAGAAAUCCCACCACUAUAUGAUAACGUGUUUGAAAGAAUGCAUUGGAACGAUAAGGAUGGUAAAAUACGUUAUGAUCCAAAGGCUUAUGAAGGUGCACACAUUGCCUUGCAGCUAACGGGUCCACGUUAUCAAGACGAGAGUCUAAUUGCAGCAACUGAAGUUCUUACAAAGAGCCUUGGAAUAGGUAGACGUUAA